UGUGCACUCAAGCUUCAAGCUGUUGCAAAAAGGUCAGUCAGCAAUGGCUGCAGCAGAAAUUCCCAGUUACAUUGUCUCUUCUCAGACUGAGAAACACAGGAGGGCCAGAAACUGGACUGAUGCAGAAAUGAGAGGUUUAAUGCUGGUUUGGGAAGAAUUUUUUGAUGAGCUGAAACAAACUAAAAGGAAUGCCAAAGUUUAUGAGAAAAUGGCUAACAAACUCUUUGAAAUGACUGGAGAAAUUCGCCACGGAGAGGAAAUAAAGAUAAAAAUUACAAAUAUGACAUUCCAGUACAGGAAAUUAAAAUGCAUGACUGACAGUGAAACUGUGGCACCUGACUGGCCUUACUACAAAACCAUUGAUAGGAUCUUAUCCAAAGUGACAGACCACAGCGAUGUGAAAAUGCAUGAAAAUCAGCAACCAGGUCCUUCUACAUCACAGACAGAGGCCUCACAAUCUCCAUCAGCCAAGUCUACACCUCUGUAUUUGCCAUAUAACCAGUUUACAUAUGAAGGAAGGGAAGAAUGCUUUGAAGAUGAACAUUCAGAGAGCUCAUCAAGCUUGCUUUCUUACAAGCUGAGAGCUGAAGAAAGACCAGUUAAGAAAAGAAAAAUGCAAAACUGCAGUUUCCAAAAGAAGAAGCUAAAAUUAAUGGAAGCCAUGUUGGAAGAACAAAAGAAGUUGAGUAGAGCUAUGGAAGAAACCUGUAGAGAAGUGCGCAGGAUCCUGGAUCAGCAGAACAUCAUUCAAGUUCAAAGCUUACAAUUACAGGAGAGAAUGAUGAAUCUACUGGAGAAAAUGAUCUCCAAGUCUAAUGUGUAGUUUCCUUUGUGAAUGCCUCUGAGAUUACUAUUGCUAUUAUAGAUAACCAUUUAUUGCACACCAUAUGUGUGUCUGUUGCCCUAUUCCCAGGUUUUCCAUGGAAAUUAAAAUCCUAGUGUAAUCCUAGUUCAGCAAAGAAAACAUAAUGCAGGGUGAGAGCUAUCCAGUAUGAUAAAAUUAGUGCAAUAUAUGCCUAAGUUGAAUUAUUUUUAUACAGAAAGGUUAAGGGAUAAAUAGCUCGGGGAACUGAAGUACUAUUUAUGCCUAAGUCAGGUAUUGUUUUGCAAACAGUGGUGCUGUAUAUUGCUUCACAUCAAGGACUGCAGCUUAAUCUGUUUUAGGAGAAUGAAAUAGUGCAUUUCUAAACAUGGUUAUUGCACCUUGACUUUGCUGAUGAUUAAACCCUGUUUUGAAACAUAUGCCUGAUUGUAUAAGUGACCUAUGGUUCUUGUGAAGAGCUAGUUGGGACCAUGAGAUACAUAAUUUUAAACUUCAUGCCUGAUAUGAAUAGUACUCUAAAGUAUGAGGGUAAAAAUAGUCUAUUCAAAUGCAUUUUUUUUUUAUAUAAAAACAAACGCCCCAAACCACCUUCCUAUAUACUGAAUACUAAAAUGUAUAGAAGAUACUUGAAGUUGCUUUUGAUAUUAAAGGUUUAAUUUUUUUUCAUUAUUAACUGGAAUCUGUUGACUUAACAAACAACCAGCAAUGAAAACUUUCCUUUAUUCUCUAUCACAAAAGAAAAGUAUUGUACUGUGUGUAUAUACAUAUAUAUAAUGUCUAUCAAAUGAAAUAAAGAA